UUUCAAUUCUACAAUUAAAGUGUCCGUAAGUACACGGCACGCGGAAGAUAGAAAAUUUUCCAUUUAAAGGCAGCAUUAAAAUGACAAAUAACAAACAGGACAGCGAGGAAGAGUUUACAUUCCCGGAGUGGUUGGACGUGGCAUUUUUCGAAAACGUGCUGAAAAAUGUCGAAACUGAAAGCGCAAAGGUCACCAAUUUAGAGCUGAAACCAGGAACAUUAAAAAAUGAUAACUACUCAAGCGUUUUGCUGCGAGCCAAAGUUAACUACAGAUUGCAGUCGCAGCCAGCGCAAAACAAGGUUUCAUCAUUCAUAUUAAAAGUCGAACCGUUCAUGGAAGAAAACAGAAAAGAAAUUAUGGGAGAUUAUUGUUUAUUCGAUACGGAAAUAACCAUGUAUUCUAAAGUGCUGCCGAUGAUCGAAAAGGUGUUGAGACAAUAUGGUGACAAAACCGUUUUGGGACCAAAGCUCAUCGCCUACAGCACCACCGCACCAGCAUAUGUGAUUUUCGAAGAUUUAGCGCUCAAAGGCUACAGCACAAUUGGCUACCGCCAUCCUGAUUUAGAUGAAAUAAAAAUUACACUGCUUAAGCUGGCGAAAUUGCAUGCGGUCAGCUACAAACUGUGCAAAGAGGAGGAAGACAAUAUAAUAACGACCUUAGGCAAGGGUUUAAUGAACUCUGGCGACCCCAAUAACUUGCCAGCUAUUAAAUAUGGCAUUACAUUUCUUAAGGAGGUUCUAAGUGAACACGAUGACUUGAAACGCUUCGUGCCGCACAUUGAAUCAAUCGAACAUUUACUAUUAGCAAAGACGAUCGAUUUGUUUAACGAAGGCAGCCGUGGUAAGCGAGAUGGCAUUUUUGUGCUCAACCAUGGCGACUUUCAUUUGAAAAACAUAAUGAUACAAAAGAAUGGCGACCAACUUACUGACGUUAUGCCGCUUGAUUAUCAGAUCAGCAUAUUCGGGUCGCCAGCGAUUGAUCUUCACUUUGCGUUUACAGUGAUGUUUAGCCCCGAAUUACGACGGGACCACCAUGACGAGCUGCUCUAUUUCUAUAUCGAAAAUUUUCAGAAUACACUGCGCAAAACGGAAUACAAAGGACAUAUUCCGACACAUAUUGAAAUUCGCCAGGAAUUGGCAAAACAUAGAUAUUGGGGGCUAUUCUUACUCCUUUGCUUCCUAAUAUUCAACUAUACGUUUAUCAAAGAGAAUAUAGACAUUACGGAUGUGAUUGAAAAUCCUGAAGUACAAAGAAGAGAAUUGGAAAACCCAAAAUUGCUGGAGGAGCUACGGGAGCUGUUGCCGAGGUUUCUAUAUAAAGGCUAUUUUGAAAUAUAA